UUAUUUAUUAUCGCCUCUGCAUUCAGGGCGAAUGUCAAUAAUGGUCGACAGUAAGGCGCUGAAGCCGUGUCGCAUUUACUAUGCAAAACUUCGUUCUCCUCACGAACGUAUGACUUUGCUAUGACGCCAGAAGUCAGAAAAUUAUUCUAAUUACAGAAGUCUUGUUUGAUCGUUUCUAAAAUUUCUUAAAAUAGUGAUAGCCGCCAUGUCUUCCAACAAUUAUUAAAAAUAUGUAUUGUAGCAUUCCCCCACGGGUUUAAAAAACCCGGAAAUGAUCGAAUUGAUUCCCGAUGAUGAGAAAGGCCAUGACUUGAAUCUGUUUUGUGUACCCAAACACUAUGAAGAUGAUUUGGAUCGGGUGAUUAUUCCUCAUGGGCUCAUUAUGGAUAGGACAGAACGAUUGGCCCGAAAUAUAGUACAAGACAUGGGAGGGUGCCAUAUAGUUGCUUUGUGUGUGCUGAAAGGUGGUUAUACAUUCUUUGCAGACCUGCUAGAUUACAUGAAGGCACUUAAUCAAAACAUCGAUAAAUCUGUUCCAUUGACUGUGGAUUUCAUUAGACUAAAAAGCUACUGUGAUGAUCAGUCUUCAGUUGAUGUUAAAGUUAUGGGUGGGGAUGAGUUGUCUGCCCUCACGGGGAAAAAUGUUCUGAUUGUUGAGGAUAUUGUCGAGACUGGCAGAACAAUGCAGACGUUGCUUUCUCUAUUAAAUAAGCACAAUCCAAAGAUUGUCAAAGUAGUAAGCCUCUUGGUCAAAAGGACGCAGAAAAGCUCUGGAUACAGACCAGAUUACAUCGGGUUUGAAGUUCCGGAUAAAUUUCUAGUCGGAUAUGCCCUCGAUUACAAUGAGUAUUUCAGAGACCUCAGUCACAUCUGCAUCCUGAAUGACAAUGGAAGAGAGAAGUACAAGAAGUGAGAGGGAUGCAGGACGCAGACGACUGCACAAUCAACCGACACACAGACCACUGUGAAGCUGCUUAUUUUUUCAUUUUAAUGUUUGGCCUUUUUAUGUUUUUCUAUUUAACUCUUGGCAAUUUCGUUACGGGGCCCCUCCUUUUGAGGGAAAAAAAUUGUUUUGCAAGUAUUUGAUGUUCUGGGUUUUUAUUUGUGAAUAACUUGAACAAAAAUGUAAAUCUGGAGUUGUUUCAUGGACCUCAACAGCUGGAAUAUGAUUAGACAAAAUGAAUGUUACAAGGGGGAGUGAGGUUUCCUUAAGUAAUAUGCCCAAACCAGACCCUGAGAUACCAGGGUAUUAGUAUAGUGAGCUACAAAUCAGAUUUGUUUUUAUUUGUGAAAAAACUAUUGUUUUUGGCCAAUGUAAACUAUUAUCCAUCGUUAUCAGUUUGUAUUGUUUAUAUAAAGGACAGGUGAUCAAUAUAGUUCAUUUGCACAAGGAAUGUAAAGAAAAAAGGAAUGUACAAAUAUUUAUUUGUAUGUUUAGUUUUGUUAAGAGCAAGAUCAUAAUGGAAUAAUUUAUUUCAGCAAUAAUAAACCUGGAAGUUGUU